AUGGCGGCACCGGCCCCCCCCGAGGACCAGGCCCGUCUGCUUGAAGAUGCUCUCAUAGCCGUUCGACAGCAGACGGCACUGAUGCGCAAGUGCUUGGACACACCGGGAAAGCUCAUGGACGCUCUUAAGUGCUGUUCUACUCUGGUCUCCGAACUCCGAACGAGCAGCCUUAGCCCGAAGCAAUAUUACGAAUUGUACAUGUCUGUCUUUGAUGCGCUCCGCUAUCUCUCGGUACACCUGCGCGAAAACCACCCAGUCAAUCAUCUCGCGGACCUCUACGAGCUAGUACAAUAUGCGGGCAACAUUGUCCCCCGACUUUACUUAAUGAUCACUGUUGGGACAGCAUACAUGUCUAUCGAGGGCGCCCCCGUCAAGGAAUUGAUGAAAGACAUGAUGGACAUGAGCCGAGGCGUUCAACAUCCUAUCAGGGGACUGUUUCUGCGAUACUACUUGUCUGGCCAAGCUCGAGAUUUUCUGCCUACGGGUGAGGGGGAUGGGCCGGAAGGGAACUUGCAAGACUCGAUCAAUUUCAUCUUGACCAAUUUCGUGGAGAUGAAUAAGCUUUGGGUACGGUUGCAACACCAAGGGCAUUCUAGGGAACGAGAACAGCGAACACAGGAACGCAAGGAGCUGCAGCUUUUGGUUGGAAGCAACAUUGUACGGUUGAGCCAAUUGGUUGACUUGCAAGCUUAUAAGCAAGGAAUUCUUGCUCCACUGCUGGAGCAAGUCGUUCAGUGCAGAGAUGUCCUCGCUCAGGAGUACCUUCUGGAAGUCAUCAUUCAGGUCUUCCCCGACGAAUUCCACCUACACACACUUGAUCAAUUCCUCGGGGCUGUGUCAAGACUGAACCCUCAUGUUAAUGUCAAAGCCAUUGUCAUUGGUCUCAUGGACAGACUUUCCGAUUACGCCGAGAGGGAAGCACAGAACGAGUCCGACGAAGACAGAGGCAAGGUUGAAGAAGAGGCAUUAGCAGCGCUUUUGGAGAAGACAAAGCUUGGAAAAGAACAACCCGAGCCGCCAGUCGCGACUGACGAGCCAUCGGCUACCUCGGAAACCAAUGGAGAACAAGCUGAAGGUGGAGAAGGUGAUUCUGCGUCAACGACAGAGACCUUGACAAAAGAAUCCGAAGCAACACCGUCAAUAGCGGAAACUGAGACCACUGCUGUCAAUGGAGCAGAGGAGACUGAAGCUCCCGCGAAGCACCGUGGAAUCCCUGAAAAUGUCAGACUGUACGAGAUUUUCUUUGGACAAGUCAAGAAUCUGGUUCAAGCUCAGCAUCUGCCCAUCCAAGACACCAUCGCGCUUUUGGUGUCACUCAGUAACCUGGCGUUGAACAUUUAUCCCGAAAGACUUGACUUCGUUGACCAGAUUUUGGAUUUCGCGAAUGUUAAGACAUACCCUACACGACGUGCAGUUGCGGGCGAAGUUGCGCGGACACUCCUCCGCAGUCAAACUCCAAUUACGACCACAGAACAGUUGGAGAACGUGCUUGAGGUCUUAAAGGUCCUCAUCAAAGAGGGCUCUCAGCCACCGGCUGGCUACCCGGGCGUUGUCCAGCCGCGGGCACGCGCUUUGGAGACUGACGAGACUAUGGAGGAGCAGGGUUGGCUAGCACGACUUGUUCAUUUGCUCCAAUCGGAGAACAAUGACACUCAGUUCAAGCUGUUACAGAUGACUCGCAAGGCUUAUGCAGAGGGUAACGAGCGCAUUCGUACAACGACCCCGCCUCUCAUCACCGUUGGGAUGAAGCUGGCCCGUCGCUUCAAGGCUCGCGAGCAUUAUGAUGAUAAUUGGUCGACCCAGUCUUCUGCCCUAUAUAAGUUCCUGCAUUCCGCUUUGAGUACUCUCUAUACUCGUGUCAAUGGCGCAGGGGCAGCCGAGCUUGCUCUAAGACUGUUCUGUGCUUGCGGCCAGACCGCGGACAUGACUGGAUUCGAGGAAGUCGCCUACGAGUUCUUCGCACAAGCAUUUACCGUGUAUGAGGAGGCUGUUUCAGACUCCAAGGCACAGUUCCAAGCCGUUUGCGUCAUUUCAACAGCCUUACAUCAAUCGAGAAACUUCAGCAAAGAGAACUAUGACACUCUCAUCACAAAGUGUGCACAACAUGCUAGCAAGCUGCUACGAAAGCCCGAUCAGUGCCGUGCAGUGUACCUAGCAAGUCAUCUUUGGUGGGCAACGCCAAAUGCCGCUAAUGGCGAGGAGGACGAGACCAAUCUCUAUCGGGAUGGCAAGCGAGUACUUGAAUGCCUCCAGCGUGCUCUUAGGGUGGCCGAUUCGUGCAUGGAGACCGCAACUUCCAUCGAGCUGUUUGUCGAGAUCCUAGACCGAUACGUCUACUACUUUGACCAAAAGAACGAAUCUGUGACCACAAAGUACCUCAAUGGUCUCAUCGAGCUGAUUCAUUCAAACUUGGCUGGCAACCAGCAAGACUCCGCGUCUAUCGAGCACAGCAAGAAGCACUUCCUGCAUACACUGGAGAUGAUCAAGAGUAAAGAGUACGAAGGGAUUGUUUUGACUCCGAAGUAA